AUGCCAAGAUCUACUAAAAAUCUUGACAUAAAGAUUGAAGAACAAGAUGGAACUCGCUUUUCCUGGAAUGUUUUUCCAGCUUCAAGAUUAGAUGCUACAAGAAUUGUGGUUCCCAUAUCUUGCCUUUACACUCCAUUAAAAGAACGAGACGAUUUACCACCAAUCUAUUAUGAGCCUGUAACUUGUAAAGCUCCUUGCCGUGCAAUUUUAAAUCCUUACUGUCAAAUAGAUGUUCGUGGUAAACUUUGGAUAUGUCCUUUUUGUCUUCAGAGGAAUGCUUUUCCUCCUCAUUAUAAAGAUAUUUCAACUACCAAUCUUCCGGCAGAAUUAUUACCAAAAUAUACCACUAUUGAGUACACCCUUGCUCGUGCUGCUCAAAUUCCUCCAACUUUUUUAUUUGUAGUAGAUACAUGUCUUGAAGAUGAUGAUUUAAAGGCAUUGAAAGAUUCUUUGGUAGUCAGCCUUAGUCUUUUGCCGCCUCUUGCACUGACGCAAGUUCAUGAGAUUGGUUAUACCGAAUGUCCUAAAUCUUAUGUUUUUCGUGGUACAAAAGAAUACACUUCAAAACAAAUUCAAGAUAUGCUUGGUCUUGCCACGCCAACUGUCAGACCACCAAUUCAAAGACCUGGCCAACCAGGAAUUACUCAAAAUCUUGGUGCUAGCAGAUUUCUACAACCAAUUCAACAAUGUGAAUUUGCAUUAACAUCAACAUUAGAACAACUUCAACGUGACCCAUGGCCUGUUGCAAAUGACAAAAGAUCACAAAGAUGUACUGGUGUAGCAAUGUCAGUUGCAAUUGGUUUAAUGGAAUCUACUUAUCCUGGUACUGGAGCUCGUAUAAUGUUAUUCUGUGGUGGACCUGCUACAGAAGGACCUGGUAUGGUUGUUGGUAAUGAAUUAAAAGAGCCAAUUAGAUCUCAUCAUGAUAUUGAAAAAGAUAAUAUAAAAUACUACAAAAAAGCCACCAAAUUUUACGAAGCACUUUCAAAACGAGCAUCGACUAAUGGCCAUAUAGUUGAUAUAUUUGCUGGGUGUCUUGAUCAAAUUGGAUUACUUGAAAUGAAAUCUUUAGUCAAUGCUACUGGUGGUUUUAUGAUUAUUUCAGAUUCCUUCACAACCGCAAUCUUCAAGCAAAGUUUCCAACGUGUAUUCAACAAAGAUUCUCAAGGUAAUUUACUAAUGGGAUUCAAUGCUACUUUGGAUGUUCAGACAACAAGAGAGAUGCGUGUUUGUGGUUUGAUUGGACAUGCUGUUUCUGCAAAUAAAAAAAGCGCAUCAGUGGCAGAAACCGAAAUUGGUAUUGCCAACACAUCCGCUUGGAAAAUGUGCGGUAUAACACCAAAAUCUACAGCAGCAGUAUAUUUUGAAGUGGUGACUCAACAUGGACAACCUCUUCAACCUGGUUCACGUGGUUUAAUUCAAUUCUUGACACAUUACCAACAUUCAAGUGGUCAAUUCCGUUUACGAGUAACAACUGUAGCCAGGAAUUUUGCAGAAGGAAAUAGCCCACAAAUUGCCCAAUCUUUUGAUCAGGAAGCUGCGGCUGUGCUAAUGGCUAGAAUAGCAAUUUUCAAGGCGGAGAUUGAUGAUGGUCCUGAUGUGUUAAGAUGGUUGGAUCGUAUGUUAAUAAGAUUGUGUCAGAAAUUCGCUGAUUAUAGAAAAGAUGAUCCAUCAUCAUUUCGUCUUUCAGAAAACUUUUCUAUUUAUCCUCAAUUCAUGUUUCAUUUAAGAAGAAGUCAAUUUUUACAAGUCUUCAAUAAUAGUCCUGAUGAAACUGCCUUUUAUCGGCAUGUAUUGAAUCGGGAAGAUGUUAAUAAUUCAUUAAUUAUGAUUCAGCCUACAUUAACAUCCUAUGCUAUUGAUUCACCACCACAAGCUGUACUAUUGGAUUCGAUUUCAAUCAAGCCAGAUGUCAUUCUAUUGCUUGACACAUUUUUCCACAUCCUUAUCUUUCAUGGGGAAACUAUUGCUCAAUGGAGAAAAGCCGGUUAUCAAGAUCAAGACGGUUAUCAAAAUUUUAGAGAUUUAUUGGAAGCACCAAAAAAAGAAUCUGAAGAACUUUUGAUAGAUCGAUUUCCAACUCCACGUUAUAUUGUUUGUGAUCAAAAUGGAUCACAGGCACGUUUUCUUCUUUCUAAGCUUAAUCCUUCAACUACACAUGUUUCUGGCGGUAUGUAUGGAACACCUCAAGGUCAAGCAAUUUUCACCGAUGAUGUCAGCUUACAAGUUUUCAUGGAACAUUUGAAAAAGUUGGCAGUCAGUGGGUCUUCUUAA